AUGAUGUGGGCCCGCUGGCUCUUGUACCUCUGUGCACCAUGUUGUGUCGUGUGCACGGAUCAGAUGCUGUUUUGGGUGGAUGACCUCAUCUCCCAAAACAAGGUCGAGUCCAAGCUGUGGAUGAUGACGGGAGAAGAUGCCUCACUGGGAACCCGAAAGAUCCAGUACGAUGACUUCGCAUAUUGUCUUGAAGCACACGGUACUUUGGAUGGUAGCGUCUGCAAGCCGAGCUACUUGAUCAACGGGUGGAAUUCAACAGAUGGCACCUCCCUGGCCGUCCGGAAGUCCAUCUCCGUGGCAUAUGACCCUGCCGGCGAAGGGGAUGGUGAGCAUGUGGUGGGGCCAGUGGCCGACAAGACGAACCGCCGGAUCUAUUGGAUUACCCCCAGCUGCGCCAGCUCCAGCGGCCGUAGGCUCACGGUUUGGAAGGUCAAGUACCUUCUGGACAACCAGAUCACUCCGGACGGAUCUGACCCAAAUCCGCUGACCUGCGAAAAUGAGUCGUACGUCUAUGCAGUAAACCGGUACGACGUGGACACCCAGAAGUACUCCCUCAUCUAUGCGGCUGCUCGUGCCGACUUUCCUGCCCCAGAAAAGUGGACCGCAUACAGCUGGAAGCUUGCGUUUGACGAAACCAGGCAGCGUCUGUACUGGUGGUACUAUGCUGGUGCCUGUGCGGUUGUCAGAACAUGCGAUGCUCCUCUAUACUACAUCGAUGUGAGUGGUUUGACUGAUGACGGGUCAAUGCCGACUCCGGUGUCAGCCGCUAACAUAACAGACGGUUAUGGGCAUGCCUAUUGGGACAUGACCAUCGAUGACGGCGGAAACCUUUAUCUGGUUGAUUGGUACAAGAUCAGGAAGUACGAUGUGACGACUGGCGCUGUGACCGACCUCCAUACCGAAGACUACCUCAACACCGGUUAUCACUUUACCGGAGUGACCCACUGGACCGGCACAACCAAGUUGAUUGUGACCAAGACCACCAGUGUGACCUCAGAACUGUGGACUUUCGACACCAGCGAUUCAUCGUGGACGCAGCUUUACAGUGCAGUCUACUACGAGUUCUACGAUCUAGGCCAAACUAUUUACAACACGGCGGUGGACGUGACCCACGGCCUGCUGUAUGUGGCCACGAGCGGUGGGAACUCCGGAGGCAGAUCCAUCAUCGAGCUGCCACUGGCUCCUUCUGGCCAGACGGCACCCUACAAGGCUUGCGCCACCGGGCGGUACAACAUGGACUGUCCCCUCUACGGCAUCGGGGAGCGCCUGGUUGUCGGUCACAUGUACGCUGCCUUUUCCGUUGCCGGCUCGGGCAAGGCAACGAACUUCGCCGCAGGAUCGGCGGACCGAUUUCCGGCUUGGGGGACCUCCCAGAUUGCCUUGCUACCAGCAAGCGGAACCUACCCCGCCAGGAACCCAUGCUUUGGCAACACGCCGGCGACCAUCGACACCUUGUCCACCAAGCUCAAAGCCACGACACGGACACGAUGUGGGAAGGCCGAAACGAGCGGCUAUGACACCAGGCACAUCAUCUUCAGCAUCGAUGCUGGUGACAAGGCACCAAGCUACUUGCUGCGAGACUACAUCUCGAUGGAGGGCCUCGCACGAUCUGCAGAUGGCGGGUGGGGCUAUGACUACAUAGGUCAGCGGCGGGCCUAUGAUCACUACCAAGAACUCGCAACAGGGGGUGGCAACGAUGGAGUCAUCCCGGGGAUAAAGAGUCCAUGGGGCUAUGGUGUCGCAGUCAAAGGGCCAGCAGUCGAUCUCAUCCAUGGCUACGUCUACUGGAUGUCCUGCGAACGUUCCGCCUUGCCGGGGGUCUGCUCAGAGCAUGCUCUGAAGAGAGUGCCCAUCUCCGUCCUGGAGACUGCGGCAAAAAUGCCAGACCCCGUGGACUGCAAGGUGAGCAGCUGCCCCCACUCUGGCUCCACACAAGUCUUGGACGACCGCUACGCCGUUAUCGAAGCGGCGGUGGAGGUCCUCUACCAUCAAAGCACACAGCUCUUCCCUGGAAACGAUGACACGGUGCCCAACCAAGUCAAGCUCGCCAUCGACCCAGAGGCGGAGAUCGUCUACUGGUUCUCCCCACAGCCCAGCACGGGCUACGUGUCCCUGUUGUACCUGGACGUCCAGGGCUGGACACCCAGCCAGGGAGUGUUUGAACCCUGCGACGUCGGCGAAGUUGCGGGCCACUAUGCAUACGGUUCUUGGUCCUCCUUGGUGGUCGCCUGCGACGGCACACUCCUGAGCCAUGAGGUGAAUGCCAUUAAGGCCUUGAACUUCGCGAAUGACACGCACGUGGCUGCCUGCAAAGCGCAAGCCGCCCUCUGGCCGACUCUGGAUCCCGACGGACGGACCGGUUGGAAAGGAUGUUGGGACCGGAUCAUGGACACCGGGACCGCUUCCGCGACCGGCGCCAACGUGCUCAAGGCCAUGACCUACGACCCGAAACGUGACCAGGUGUACUAUGCCUUCCGACACACCACGACGACGGAGUCUAUCUCGCGCUUCUCGCGGACGGCCGGCCCCAAGGGACCUGGCAACGACGAGGUGGUGUAUUCUGGCAUCUUCUACGAGUUCCCGCCACGCAAUGACAAGGGUGCCGCCUUCAUUGCUGGCUUGGCUCUGGAUACGCUUAACGAACAAAUCUAUGUGGCAAACUACUACGGGAACUCAGCCAAGCAAUCCCUGGCGAUGCUCCCUCUUCCCGAGAACAAGUUUUAUCCAGGUGAGAACAAAGUCGUCCACGCAAAGUACUGGCCAAUGGACUUGGUCGCCGAAGAUGAUGCUCCCAUUGCCUGCCUGUACGGACACCAGUCGAUCGAGCACUCCAGUGGAUAUGGCAACCGCAAGUGCGAAUAUCAGGGUGAACGUCUUCAGUGGACGCUUCGACAUACCGGCAUGGACGUUAUCCUUCCGAACCCGGAAGGCAUCACGAGGUUCUAUGUCACGGACACCUCGAACAACCUGGCAGUGCUGCCUCCAAAGCCGGCCCUGCUUGGGCGCUCGGCGCCUUUCAACUGGACACAGUUCUUCUACAUGCUGCCCCAUGCGAAGAUCGGCACAAGCAAGAUGAAUGGCUGGACCAUCCUCAGCAUGCCGGUGACCGCCACCGACCUAGGCUUUCAGCCCAGCUUCGACCUUUGUGCCGAACUCUGCUCUACGUUCUGGCGCAAUGGCACCCAGCGCUGUGUGGCAUUUGACUGGCGCAUGUCCAAUCACGACUGCGAGUUCUUGAAGGACCAAGGCAUGCUCCCGAAUCAUACGAAGAGCUGCGCUUACUCCAAUAGCGGCCUGUCUUGCUUGUUCGCCUUGGUGCCCCUGACGGAUUCCGCGGACAGCUUCUCCAUGUGGCCCAAUCCUUGCUUCACAAUGCCUACAGCAGACAGUGACGGCAACGCGUGGAUCAUCGCCGAAUCCGGCUAUGCCCCGGCUGGAGGCUGGCCCAGCUAUGUGCGAGAGGGAUACAGCUUCGACAGGGAACGCACAUUGACCUUCUUCUUGCGACCGGAGUUGCUCCUGGAAACUACGGAGGCCCAGGCCAUGCGCGAUAUGUGGCGACAAGCAGUGCCAAAUGCGCGCUGGUAUGGCACUUCGCUGGAAAAAGAUUACACGGUCGGCGACUACGCCAGGAACGGAAAUGCCAUAUUUCCGGGUGACCUGCAAGCCGAAAUCUUCAAGAACAGGGUUCAGGGUGUGGAUCCCGAUGACACGAAUCCCCCAGCCAUGCCAACGACUGCAGCAUCCUGCUUUGCGAGCGACGUUGUCGCGACAACUACGGCCGCGACAGGUGGAGAAACCGGGGUCACCAGCGACCCGGGCGGCGACGGCGUGUCGUCGACUUCCACCACAGCCUCCUCAGACGAUGGGACGAGUAGCCCAGUGCUCGGUGGGACGGCCGACAAGACCAUUGGGCUGGGAUCUCCGAUUCUACUCUUCUUGGUCAUUUUCAUGAAUGCUUGA